UUCUAGUGAGUUUUGCACUAUAAAUUCGCGAACUUGAUUAAGUUGCAACAAUUUUAUGUAACGUAUCCGAUCAGGUGCAUUGCAAAAUGCUGAAACUGUCAAUUAUUGUUGUACUGACUGUAAUAGCAGUCAGUACUGCUGUACCGUACGAGCGGGAGCUUACUCCUAACGCGCAUGCUCUCCCGGAGUACGCACUAAAGCGAGUACCGACUGCAGAACAUAAAAAUGAACCCACGGACACGUCGGAUUUGAAAACUGACUCCAGUCUGUGGUGGAGCCCCGGAUACCUCUACCCUUAUACGUAUACGAGGGUUUACAGUCCAGGUUAUCACUAUAAUCCGGAUGUGGUCUACUCGCCUUAUUACACCUUGUACCGCUAAAAUGGCGGGCAAGCAAGAUUUUGGCCUUUCAAUAAUUUGUCGCUAACGUUUUGUCAAUAAAAUAAUUCAAUAACUA